UGGUCGUGACUGAUCAGGACCUCCGCAACGCUCUGAUCCGAACAAAUAUAGCCUUGCUUCAACGAGAGGUCCGUGAAAAGAAGCACUGGUACAACAGCCGGCGCGUUGUAGUCCGCAAGCGUAACGGUCGUAUUCACCUCUCACGCCUAGGAUCACAACAGCACCAGAACGAGUACAUAUCCGUAGAAUACGAAGACGACGAAGAGGAAUCCCAAAACAACGAUUUCACGUUGGUUGACAAACAUCCCCUAUCGUCGCGAUCUGCCAGCUCUAGCUUCAGUGUCUCUUCAACCUAACCCUCUUUCCACUGAAUACUCCCGCCAUGACACAAACUGUGGCUUCGAGACCGCCACCUAAGCAAUGGCUCAUGGGCACGGAGGCGUUCGAGCGCCGCAUGCCGCACCAUGCCGGCAUCCGCGCCCUCUGGGAGACUAAGUGGCGCCAGCCCUGUCGUAUGUCGGUGUACCCAUUCCACGACGGCCGCUUCGAAGACUUCGAGCCCAUCUUCGAAUCUCUAAUUGCCAAGAAUGUCGAUGACGGGACAUCCGCGGACUACACGCUCGCGUUUAUCCCCGUGGCCCAGUCCCUCAAUCAACUGGGCGACGGUGCCUCUGUCAAGGGAAAUCACGAGGAAGCGUCGAAACUGUACCUGCGUGCUGCAUGCGUGCUGCGCAUCGCCCGAUUCCCCUACAUAACUGGGUUCCCGCAGCCCAACGACCCCGCAAAAUGGGAGGCCUGGGACCUGCAGAAGAAGAUUUACGCCAAGGCCGGGUCUGCCUGGUCACCCAGUCCACUCACCGAGGUCGACAUCCCGCAUAAAUUCGCCAAGGGUGCCGACCGCGACGUCAUACCGACGUACGUCCGUGUACCCAGUCCUACUGUUAGCAGCAGCAAUGGAAACACAAACAUGAACGGGAACGGUCAAGCCCAACAAAAGCACCCCGCCGUGAUCCUCCUCACCGGCCUCGACGGCUACAGACCGGACAACACAACCCGAUGCGACGAGUUCCUCUCCCGCGGCUGGGCCGCCCUCGUCCUCGAAAUCCCCGGCACCGCCGACUGCCCCGCCAACCCAUCCGACCCCUCCUCCCCCGACCGCCUCAUCGACAGCGUGUUCGCGUGGAUGGAAUCAGACACCCGCUUCGACAUGUCGCGCGUCCUGUGCUGGGGCCUCAGCAGCGGCGGCUACUACGCCGCGCGCGCCGCCCACACGCACCGCGCGCAGCUGGCCGGCGUCGUCGCGCACGGCGCCGGCACGCACCACUUCUUCGACCGCGAGUGGCUCGCGCGCGCCGACGGCCACGAGUACCCGUUCCAGCUGACGCCGGCGCUGGCGACGAAGCACGGGUUUGGGGAGGACGUGGAGGCGUACCUGGAGGGUGCGCGGACGAAGUUCUCGUUGCUGGAGACGGGCGUGCUGGGGCUGCCGAGUACGCGGCUGCUGCUUGUCAAUGUGAGACCCCUCCCUUCCUUCCUUCCUUCCUUCAUUCCUUCAUUCCUUCCUUUCCUUCCCGCUUCUUAACAUAUACAUAUACAUGUUUUUCUUUUCUUUUUUUUCCUUUUUUUCCUUUUUUUCCUUUUUCUAUAUAUUUGAUGAUGAUGAUAAGCAACCUACCUACCUACCUACCUACCUAUAUACUAACGGCAACAACAACAACAAACAGGGCACCCACGACGGCCUCAUGCCCAUCGAGGACUCCAUGCUGCUCUUCGAGCACGGGUCGCCCAAGGAGGCGCGCUUCUUCACCGGUGCGCUGCACAUGGGGUACCCCAUGGCGAACGCGUCUGUGUAUCCGUGGAUGGAGCAGGUUAUGGCCUCUGUUAAGUGAUUGUUUAUAUAUUAUAUGCA